ACGGCGCUUUACGCAUCGUUAUAAAAGCUUAACCCCCUCCCUCCGCGCGCGCUGUCCCGUCUCCACCGUCUGGAUCUAUGUGUGUAGAUAGAUGGGCUGGAUGCCACGCGCCGUUAGCCUGCAGGUUGCAAAGGAUGAUGACAACCCCUUUCCUCCCCGUAGAAGUAAAAUAAAAUAGGCUUUCGCACACACUGGAUUUACUCCUGUCGUUCCAUAUGAAGAAGCCAAAAAUUUGGAUACGCGUCUGUGUCCAUAUACUGCUGUUCAUCACGCUUGGGGUACAUUCGAGUAAAUUUGACGUCAACCCGGUGACAGAUGACAUCUCUAGACUCUCUAUUUUGAGACAAAAUAUUCCCAAAGAUUACAGAAUUCCUGUACACUACGUUACAAAAGAAGAGGGAGGCAUGUGUUGGGUAAAAUUAAACGUCUUCUACUUGGAGGAGAGUUUACAAGAUUUAGCGCAUAAGUUUGGAAACAUUUCAUCCAACAGAAAAGAUAUUAGCAUAUUCAUCCAAAUGCUCCAAGAACUGCGGCUCAACAUGGGGUCUUUGGAGCCCAUCAUGUAUGAUUUCGAGUGCCACUACAGGGAAGAGAGGUGGCAGACGGGGCACUACUUUGACUUCGUCAAAGACUUCCUUAUAGCUGCACAGAAUAAAGAAGAUUCGGAUGACUGUGAUCCUCCUCCCUGUCCCACAACACCGUACACAGCAACGACGGAAGAAUAUUUAAAUGUAUCACCACCGUCCAGCAGUAAAGACACCGAGUGUGCAACGGGCUGCAAACCACAUUAUGAAACGAGCGCCCUGACUGAGGUGGUGGAGCGAAGCCUUCUCUCCUUACUGUUCAUUCCCCUCCUAGCUCUCGUAUUCCUGCUCGUGUGGAAGGUCCGAUCGUGUAGGAACGAGGAGGAUCUUCAACAGAACCCUGGAGAACGUGGACUCUUCACGGGAACAGAAGUGACUGCGCCACCGCUAGAUGCUGAAAUAACAGAAAAAAACAUGUUGAACGUCAUUGAAAUAGUGUAAUGACGCUUCUGCCCUUCGGCGUAAUUGGACUCUCUUUCCACCUCCUGUUGGUGUCCAGAGGUGGUGGAAGAAAAACAAAAAAAAAAAAAAAAAAAAAAAAACAUGAAGCUGAUUG